AUGGCUCAUUGGUGCCUUGGUCGUCGCAAGCGGCAGUCGAGGACGACGAAGAGGAUUGGUCGUAAGAUUCAUUAACGCUCUGUAUCUGUCUGCCUCUCUAUUUCGCAAUGCAGCACCCGCGUGACGACGAGCGCGGCAAGAUGGAGGCGCUGCUGCACCAGAUCGUGCUGGAGGAGCAGCAGAAGAUGGUCCAGCUCGGCUUCGUGGAGACCUGCAUCCCGUCCCCGGACAGCCCCGCGCGCUCCAGUAUUUUCAUGAGUGCGAACUGGCACAUCUGCCGCCGGUUGCUGCUCGUGAUCGUGAGCGGCAACGGCAUCCAGCCAGGCAUCUGGAGCCGCUCGCUCGUGCUGGAGGCCGCGGAGAACCCCAACCAGUACCGCUCGGGCUCCAUGCUGCCCUACCUGCACACGGCGCUGUCGAAGGGCUACGGAGUCGUGGUCAUGAACCCCAGCACCAACACAGUGAGCGUGGGUAGCGAGAAGAUUCCGAUCCCGUACUCGAGCACGCCAGAGCUGCAUGUGCGCUACGUGUGGGAGACGUACGGAGUCCGCGCCUCGUGUUCGCAGGUGUACAUCGCUGCGUACGGGCGCGGAGGCUCGUUGACGAAGCACUUGGUAUGCACGCAGCCGGUGCUCAGGUCUAAGUUGGCGGCUAUCGCAUUCAUUGAGUCCAGCCAUCGCAUCGAAACAGACGACACGCAGGAAGUGAGAGGGCUGUUGGGAACGAGAGCGAUCAAUUGGCAGCGAUCGAAGGAAAGCCCUGGAACGCAGCUGCAGGAUUGCACGCAGCUAGGGUGCUUGAGUCUAUCAGCGGGGGAACCUACUUCGCCGGCGGAGCAGAAGUCAUCGAACACGGCGUGGACGAUUGCGGCGAGUAUGGAUACCGUCUUCGCCUUCUUCGACAGCGCGCGAGGCUCUAUGCCGGAUGAACCGGCAGAGGAUGAGCUGAUGGAUGAAAUGAGCCGCCUAUCGCAAUAUGCGUACGCUGGCGCGGCGGCGAUGUCGUCCGCACCUCACCAGCGAGAGCAUUUGGAGGACGCCGAGUUUCAGGAAGAGGAGGUCACAACGAGCGACGGGAAUCAUUUGGGGAGUCGUUCGAACAGCGCGCGCAGCUCAAGACGCAGCAUGGUUAUUUCGACGUCCAUGAGCGUGAACGAUUUCGACUUGCUCUCGGUGGUGGGAAAAGGCGCGUACGGCAAAGUCUUUCUUGCCAAGAAGAAACACGGACGGAAUGCAGGUCGAGUCUACGCGAUGAAAGUGCUGCGCAAGCAGGAUGUAUUCAAGAAGAAACAGGUCGAGCACACCAAGUCCGAGCAGCGUAUUCUGAAGCAUGUGGAACACCCGUUCGUGGUGCGGCUGCGGUAUGCUUUCCAGAACCACCAGAAGCUGUAUCUGGUUAUGGACUACUACUCUGGCGGGUCGCUGUUCGUGCAUCUACGGAAGGAGAAGCGCUUCACCGAGCAAAGGGCAUGCUUCUACGCGGCGGAAUUGCUGCUGUCGCUUGCGCACUUGCACAACAUGCACAUCAUGUACCGUGACCUGAAGCUGGAAAACAUUCUUAUGGAUAACGAGGGACAUGUGGCGAUCACAGACUUCGGCUUAUCAAAGGAGGAUGACGAAGGCUCGACGUUCGUAGGUACACCCGAAUACCUGGCGCCAGAACUGUUGUGCAGCCAGCGCACAGCAACGUCCUACGGCAACACAAUCGACUGGUGGAGCUAUGGCGUGCUGGUUUACGAGAUGAUUCAAGGACACACACCAUUUUGGGACAAGAAUCGCCGUCAAAUGUUCCAGAAUAUCCUGAGCAAGGAGCCAACGUACCCAACCGAGCACUUUUCACCUACUGCUACGGAUUUUCUGCAGCGACUACUUGUCAAGAACCCGCGUCAGCGCAUGGGCUGCGGGGCUGAUGGCGCACUGGAGAUCAUGGGACACCCAUGGUUUGAAGGAGUGGACUGGGACGCGCUUCUUAACCGCCGAGUGGACCCACCAUUCAAGCCCGUGACGAAAGAUAUCCACGGCAAUCGGGCACGGAGUAGCAGCGCUGCGCUCAACGCGAACCUGCAGUACGUACCGAACAUCUUCAAGCAACAGGAGGUUGCGGACUCGCCUGUCGUGAGCGUGCUGGGAUCUUCUACCGGAUCGGGAGUCAUGGCCAUGCACUUCGACGACUUCAGUUAUAUGGGCAGCGACAUCAUCGGCUCGCGGCGCACAUCCGUCUUCCGCGACAGCGACAUAAAGAUGGAGCUUGGCGAGUAGGAGCCACGUGAGAUUCAACCAUUCGGAAGUUGAAAUUGCUCCAGUACGAGCUCUUAUCCGCCACACGUAGCUGUUUCGCAGAGGCGGAGACUCACGGCAAUACGCACGGUCAAGCUACAGUAUGCCAGAGGCUCGUGCUGAGCCAGAGCGGAUACCAUCCAGUCUAAUUGUGCAGCAUUUUUUCGGUACGUAUGCUUUGCAUCAAUAGUUCAAAACGCUAAGAGUAAAGUAAGCAAGACUGACAGGAGACUCGACGCGAAGAGUUGCUGCGUGAACGUUUUCCGAGCUUCGACUCUUAAGCCACAAUCCAUUCUGUGUUGACUACGACUUGCAUACCGUCGUUAUCAGUGCUUGUUUCGCGGUGCAGAGCACGUAGGGAACAAUGGGACAAACUAUUUGCAACAGAGUGGAGAUUCUCGAUUUUUUCUAGCUGUAGGAAGCUCAGCUCCCAUCAAGAACCACGAGCAAGGUGCUUACGGCACAACAUCGAGUCCCAUGGACUUGGCCGAUCCGAUAAGCGUCUUGCAGAUGGACUUGAGGUCAAUGUAGUCCACCAUUUCGUCCUGCUGCUUCACCUUAGCGAUCUCAUAGAUCUGACGCAGAUGCACCGAGCCCACCACCUGCUGGCCGGGAGUCGAAGAUCCCGACGUGAUACCGGCCGCCUUCUUGAGGAACCACGAGGCCGGCGGUGUCUUGGUGGCGAACGUGAACGUGCGGUCCGUGUAGGCCGUGAGCACCACGGGCACGGGGAUGUUCUCCGUCAUCUUGGACGUGCGCUCGUUGAAGGCCUUGCAGAACUCCAUCAUGUUGACACCCAGAGGACCCAGAGCCUGA